AUGUCCCUCGCCCACCAGUCCGGCGCCCUAGGAGCGCCGGUUCGCUUCUUCCAGCGCACCUAUGUCGCCGAGCUUGUUGCGCUGGGCCUUGUAGCGACGGCCUUUACUCUUAUCCAAAUAUUCGUCACUCCUUUCCACCGAAUGUUCUACAUAGACGACAUGUCUAUUCAGUAUCCCUUCACCAAGUUUGAGCGGGUUCCUCUACUUUGGUCAAUUAUAUACUCGGCCGUCUUCCCCGUCGUCUGCUUGAUUGCAUGGAGCAUCAUCUCCCGUCCAUCCGCAUACAAGUUCCACAUCACGCUGCUGGCCCUGAUCUCCUCGCUCAUGACUACGCCGCUCAUAACGGACAUAAUCAAGAACACCGUCGGCCGCCCUCGCCCUGAUUUGAUCAGCAGAUGUCGGCCACAAAGAGGGACUCCGGAGCAUGAACUUUUAACAAUUAGUAUCUGCACGCAAACAAACGAGCAUCUUUUACAAGAAGGAUGGCGAAGCUUUCCCAGUGGACAUAGCAGUUUUGCGUUUGCGGGACUCGGAUUUCUUACCCUCUUUCUUGCGGGCCAGCUGCGUGUCUUUCGCCCAAGGGCUGACCUCGGCCGCUGCCUAUUGGCAUUUGCUCCCACCAUCGGCGCCCUGAUGAUUGCCAUUUCGCGCCUCGGAGAUUACAGACAUGACGUGUGGGAUGUCAGUGCGGGAAGCAUCUUGGGAUCGUGCAUUGCGUAUUUUACCUAUCGCCGGUAUUAUCCUGCCCUGACGGACCGGCAGUGCGAUACACCCUACGAUCGUGCCGACGAUGCUUCCUCGUAUGCGGCAGAAGGGUUUUCUCGACUGCCUAAUGAUGAGGAGAGGGCGUUGGGUCCUCAGCCCCCGAGGAAAUCAAUGAGAGAGUCGAGGGACCAAGAGCAGCGUCAAGGGUCGUGGGAGAGUCCGGAGACGAUCCCUCUGAACGAGGUUGUCGGUAGUCAGAGCAGGUGA